ACAGCUAAAAAUAGUCUAUAAUGAUCGGUCAGAGGAGUUCCGUGGAAAGUGUCCUAGAAAAAAUUAUAGCAAAAGUCGAAGCAGAAUCAAAUCAAAAAAAUACAGGUAUUAAGUUGACCAUAAAACGAAAACUCAAUAAUUCAAAACAUGAUUCGAAUAAAAGAGCGAAAUUACAUGAAUCCCUUGAUGAGGCGACACACUGUCGUAUUUGCUACGAUUCUUCUCACCAAUUACCCAUUACAUAUCCCUGCAAGUGUAAGGGAACCAUGGGUGCAAUCCAUUUGAAGUGUCUAGAACAUUGGCUAGAGGAAAGUAAUAGAAAUAGCUGCGAAUUAUGUGGACACCAGUUCGAGAUCAGACGAACUCCUCGUUACCAUGUUCUACAUUCUAUAUUAAUUUGGGUGUGUCUUAAUCAACAGCAACAUCAAUUGUAUGUUCGAAGUUUGAAGGCCGAUUUACUUCGGAGCAUUAUUAUUACGCCUAUGGCGAUAGGAUGUUCUUACAUUUGUAUAGUCGCGGCCGAUUUUUACGCCAAAAAUAAUUACGAUAGCUUUCCACCAGCGCGAUGGUCAACUUAUUUAUUAUUAGCUAUGAUGUCUCUGUUGCUCUUCUCUUAUUUUAUAUGGAUGUACAUGGCGAUACAGUAUCAUCAGAAGAUCUGGUUUUAUUGGUGGCAAAAGACAAGUACAGUAAGAGUUAUAUUGAAUCCAGAAAAUAGAACUUCAAUAAACUACAAGUCUAAUGUAUCACAAGUUUAACAAUUACUGAACACUUAUACCCGUAACAGUGAAUACUUUUACGAUAGUCAUUAGGAUGCUCUUCUUUUGAUUGAAAUUUUUCCUCGACUUAAUUGGGAUAUAUAUAUACGCACUUUGCUUCCAUCCGAAACUUUCUUCACCCAUAUCUAUAAAAUGAGGAAAUUAUAAUUUAAGAAAAAGAUUAUAAUAAAAAGGAAGAAAUUUUA